UUAUGUUUCACGUAAGAAUUUCAUGGACUCGACGAAGCACUGCAUUUUGGGCACGCAACAAUUCCGACCUCGGGAGCUUGCUAGUCAGAUGAACCUUAGUAUGGACAAUGGAUGGGGAAUAAUACGUUGUAUUGUGGAUUAUUGCCUAAGUCUAUCUGAUGGCAAGUAUCUCAUUCUCAAGGAUCCAAAUAAGGCAAGUUUUUCAUGAAUCUUUAAUAAAUCGUAUUAAAAAGGUUUUUCCUUAUCAAUCAUUUCACGCACAGCUAACAAACAAGCAAUUCCAAUCUCCAAUGCAGGGUAUGAUCCGUAUUUACGACAUUCCAAACAACACCUUUGAGAGUGAAGGUGAAGAUGACGAUGAUGACGAUGAUGACGAGGAAGCUGAUGAUGAAGAGGAAGAACCGGAACAGAAUGGGGUAAGUAGGGAUAAGUAAGGGUAAUAAGGGGUAAAUAUGGAUAACUGCAAGGGUAAUCAAGGAUAACUGUGAGGGUAAGUAGGGAUAAAUAGGGAUAAUUGUGAGUGCAUGUAGGGAUAAGUAGUAAGGGUAAUGAGGGGUAAAAAGGGAUGCCUGCAAGGGUAAAUGAGGGCAAGUAGGGAUAUGUAGCGAAGGUAAGUAGGGAUAACUUAGACGGAUAAUGUACAUUCCUAGUUUACCACUGUUCUGAUGUGUGUAAGCAUAGAAUGGAAUAAAGGUAACCAAGCAUAAAAUAUAGAUGUAUGUGAAUUGGGUUGGCAUAAACACGCCUUAGCCGAUAUCUUUCUUUAUUUUUAGAAAGCCAACAGUGACGGCGCUCUAUAA